GUUUACGUCAGGCAGUGUGGGGGGAGUUUUCCACUGACGAACACACACAACUCAACAACAGCUGAUCUCACUGUACUGUACGUGCACCGAGAGCAAAGAAAGGGGACGUUGGUGCUAUCGUGAUAACUUUUCAAGCAUCGUAUGGUCGUCUCUUCCACCCAUGAUAUACGGAUACACAACCGCUGGAUCACCAUGGCUACAUCACAGCGUGGGGGUUUAAAGAGGAAAUAUGGUUUCCCAGAUGAAGAUGCCAUUUACUCCUCCUCAUCCCCCUCAUCACACUCUGAUUGGGACUCUGAUGAAGACAGCCCCCAAAGUGAUAGCAUGGACUUUGUGCCUGUUGGCUCUUUCUCUUCAAGCCAUCGAAUGCCAAUUUCAUCCAUCCUGAAGAAGACAAAACUUACUCAAUCCAAAGGCAGUGUUCGGUUUGGCCUGGUCACAGUGUUCCUUUUCCAGCGCUGUCAGGGUUUCAGCAGUGUGCCCAGUCAUGGCGGCUGCACACUGGGCAUGGUUAGGUGGCACACUGCCUGCCAGCAGUUCACCCUGGUGGAGCACGCCGAGGAGCAGCAGUGCUUGCGAAUGGAGAGGCUACGUGAGCAACACCAAGAGGAGAAGCUGGAGGCAUUGAGACAGAAGCUGAUCAUCAGUGGGACUCUCACAGUGUCAGAAGCAGCCAGGUUGACCGUGAACGACAUCCCAGAUGAGGAUACUGAUCUCAGUUGCGCGAAGCUGAAAGAUAUGGGAUCCCUCCGUCCCUGCUCUUCCAAGCGGAGGCGUGCAUUAUUGAGAGCAGCAGGAGUGGUGCGCAUCGACCGGGAGGAGAAGAGACAGCUGCAGGAGCUGAGGCGGUGGAGGGAAGACUGUGGAUGCCACUGCCAGGGCUUCUGUGAGCCGGAGACCUGUGCCUGCAGCCAGGCUGGCAUCAAGUGCCAAAUGGAUCGCUCCAACUUUCCCUGUGGAUGUUCAAAGGAAUGCUGUGGGAAUCCCGCAGGCCGAAUCAUAUUCAACUCCAGUCGUGUACGGAGCCACUACAUCCACACACACAUGAAGCUGGAGCUGGAAAAGAGGCUCCACGAUGACAACAGACUGAUCUCCACUGAACAACAAUCAGCAGCGAGGAACAGAGCCAUUACAGUUCCUUUAGAAAACAACUCUCCCUCAUUCCUCCUGAGUUCAGAGCUCUGCAGGCAGGGGGACAACAGCUGGAGCAGUGACAUGACUGACACUUCCUGCUCUUCUUCUCUGAGCCUGGACUCUGAGACGGACCGAAAGCCUUCCUCAGAGCGACCCACACUGGAUAUGGAUGGCAGAGGACUCACUCACAUACUCCGUUUUUCUGAUUCUGAUGGAGAAGGAUGUCCAUACAUUACAGAUUAUAAUCUGUCCACUGAAGUCACUGGUGGCACAUCCACGAAGGAAAGCAACACCAGUAAAUCUAAACUGGAGUAUCUGGAUGAAAAUGCUAAUCAGGCCAGCAUGGAAUGCGUUGACGAUCCAUUUGAUAUCCCUAAUACUCCUUCUGCAUCUCCGGAUCACACUAUGAACUGUUACAUGGACCUCAGUCUGUCCUCAGACUCAGACACUGAUCUGGUCUUUUUUGACACUUUCCAUGAGUACGGUCCAAGCCGCAAUCAUUUUAAAGUGUAUAGUCAUCUGGACUACAUGUCACCGCUCCAGUUCCCCCGCUGUCCCAGUCCUGCUCUAUUUGAGGACUCAGGAGUCAGUCUUCUGGAGUCUCUCGUAGGAAUUUCUUAAUAGUGAUCAGAGCAGCUCAGUAUUUUUUACUUUUGAUGUUUUAAAGCCAAAUGUGCAUUGUUAAUUUGCAAUUGUACAGUAUGAAUAAAUCUCAUUUACUAUGAGAAAAAUGGUGGACGACAUGAAUAUAGUCCUAGUAUAUUUUGUAUAUUUGAAUAUAGUAACUAUUCACGAUCACAGUGUAAAUACAGUUAAAAACCUCUCGGUGUGAAGUAUCAUGAGGAGUAAUAUGUCAAUUUCAACUGUUGCCAAAAGUCUUGGAGAGUUUGUAUGUAAGAUUUUAUAUUUAUAAUUCAUAAACUAAAAGCUUAAUUACCAUUUAAUAAGGUAUCAAACUAACUCUUCAUCAGUAAAUAAUGUUUUACUGUUAAAUGUUUACUUAUAAAAGCCCUUGCAUAUUUAUUUAUCAGUUUUGUUUUGCUUUAAAUGAUCAUGUUUGCGAAUCAACAUUUUUAUUUUUGUGUAGCAAAGUAAAUGCAUUUGUGACAGUGUUUCAAAUGAGUAAGCUUUUUAUAAAUGUCAAUAUUUUAUUAUCAUAUUUCAUGUUUGUCUUUUCAAGAGCCAUCAUGCCUUUUCAUUUAGAAGGAAAUUUAUUUUUAUUUAAAUUUUAAGGAAUUACUUGUAAUAUAUAAAAAUGAAUGCUGAAUUCGCUUAAGUGGUAUGCCUGCUUUGUAUUUACUUCAGUGAAUGUUUUUGAACAUUUCAAGAUGUGUCCAGCUUUUGUUUCUUCUUAUGUGGAAUAACUCAUCUCAAUAAAACUAAUUUCACAAAA